AUGAAGUCUAAGCUGAUUGGGGACGUGUUCAGAAGCUACAACAAGAGUAUUUGUCCAGCAGCGCACCCCACAGACAAGGUGGAGGUCAAGCUGAUUCUGACCAACCUCAUCUCCCUGUUUCUCAAAAUCAAUAUGUACGACUCCAACACCAUAAAGUUUGCCGAGGACAUGGCGGUGGUAGGGCUGAUCGAGAACGGUGAGUGGGCCAUAAAGCACAGGCCAGCCAGGAAGCUGAUCAACUCACGCUACACUCCUGAUGACCUGGAGUACAAGGAAAUCUCCUUCAACCUGGUCAUCCAGAGAGAACCUCUAUUCUACAUCAUCAACAUCAUCCUGCCCUGCUCACUCAUCUCCUCCCUGGUCGUCCUGGCCUACCUCCUACCUGCACAGGAUGGGGGGCAGAAGUUGACUGUGUCCAUCUCUGUCCUGCUGGCUCAGACUGUCUUCCUAUUUCUUAUUGCUCAGAAGGUCCCUGAGACAUCUCUCAAUGUCCCAAACAUUAGCAAGUACCUGAUCUUUGUCAUGUCUGUGACCACACUCAUCGCCACCAACCAAAUCGUGGUGCUCAACAUCUCCCUCCGCAGUCCCAAUACACACACCAUGUCCCACACACCAUGUCCCACACAGCACCUCUUCCUGGAGCUUGUUCCUCAAUUCCUGGGCAUGGCCCCUCUGGUGGAUAAUGCAGAGGCGGGAGUGAGGGAGCGACGGCGUAGCUCGUUCUUCGGCCUGAUGUGGAGAGCGGAGGAGUAUGUGCUGAAACAACCACGCAGCGAGAUGAUGAUUGACAAACAGAGAGAGGCAUGGCCUCACGAUCAUUUGUGGAUGGCAUUAUGAGCACCACAGCCAGCCUGUACAAGAGCCUCGCCCAAGCUGCUCCUGAGAUCAAGGAAUAUGUGGAUGCCUGUAACUUUAUCGCUGAGAGCACAAAGCAAGCAAAUGACAUUGGGUCAGUAAGUAUUGCUUUUAUUCUGGGGAUGUAGGUCAGGUUUUGGGUCAGUUUCAUUUCAAUUCAUUCUGCUCAGGCCCAUAUUCACAAAGUGUGCUGAUCUAGGAUCAUGCUCUUUUUGAUAAAAUACAUUUAUUAUGAUUUUAAAAGGCCUACACUGAGACACUUUGAAUACAGGCCCAUGAUGAGCUGAGGGUUAAGAAAUCCUGAUAGAACAGUGUGGGUUAUUGUCUCCCCACUUCUGGCUCACCGUUAACUGUCCCAUAGGAAAUGGAGAGUUGGGUAUUGAUUGGGAAGAUGGUUGACAAGGUGUGUUUCUGGGUGGCCAUGGCCCUCUUCUCCAUCAGAACUGUCGCCAUAUUCCUCACGGGACAUUUUAACUCCGUCCCAGAGUUUCCAUUUCCUGGGGAAAACAAACGGUACCUCCCCAGUUAGGAGGACAAGGCAAUGCCCCUUCUCUUAACUUGGUCACAGAAUAUAUGAAUCAUCAUCAUUGUCUUCAUAUCAUUGAGACUUAAGUUGUCUUGCUCAUUUCUUCACUUACAGUGCAUUCGGAAAGUAUUCAGACCCCUUGACUUUUUCCAUAUUUUGUUAUAUUACAGCCUUAUUCUAAAACGUCUUAUAGAUCCCCCCCCCCCCCCCCCCC